ACAGUAUCGACACUUGUUGAAAGAAGAGAACGCGGAGAUUACAAAAACGGUAGUCAAAGCCUACAAGUCGCGGUCGAAGCAUUAAAUUCACCGACGGUGCGUCGGCUAAGUGUAUGAAUAAUGUUCAUAUGUUCAUUAAUUUGGGCCUAUCCAGGCCUGGAUGAUUGCUAGUGGUUUUUGGUGUAAUGCACGUGAACGGGACAGCAGGAAUUGACCAUUUGUUAAUUGCGCGUUAAAUUAGGCCAAAAAUGUACUCCAGAAUGGACGGCUCGAAAGCAUUCUCCAGAACCAACAGCAUCUGUCCUACGCCGGAAGAAAAGCUGCUGGAAUUGGUCCUGAGUAACGACACAGACGAAAUAGAAGCCACCGCUACUAAAAAAUUAUUGAACCACGUUUACACUGCAGACGGCAACAAAACGAUCCUCCUGAGAGCCUGCAUAGAAGAGCAAGUAGAAGCUGGAACUAUAGAGACAUUAAUCAAAUGCGGCGCAGAUGUUCGUUACGCGGACGACGAUAAAUGGGAAGCUUUGCACUUCGCUGCCAAGCGAACCGAUCCAGAGGUUCUAAAAGUCAUUAUCAACGGAUUAAAUGCGGCUAAUGUGAAUAUAAAUUCGGUACUGGCGAAUGGGAAUAAUGCAUUGCAUGUACUAAUACGGCACGGGAACGCGGAAUCCGAGGAAUUCGACGAUUGUGUAAAACUCCUGAUUAAAGAAGGAAUAAAUGUUAAUUUAGGAGACUUAAAAGGAAUAUCUCCUAUUUUUUGGGCAGCUAAAAAAGAUAAUAAAGCAGCUGUUAAAACUAUCCUAGAAUGGGGUUCGUCAGUGGACAUCGAUUCGCACAAACUCAGGAAUGAAUCAGCAAGAGACUUAAUAAUUAAGAAGAAUUUAUACAGUGGUAAAUUACCUAACAAAAACGAUAAUAACAACCGUUCCAACUCUAAAGACAUCAUCGACACGCUUUACAACUACAUUAAAAUACACGGUGAAAAGGAUUUUAAACGCUUCUUCGACGAAAAUUCUUGCGAAGUAAAUUUAUGCGAUGACGAACAAUCCGAAUGGACUCUACUGCAAUUAUCAGUCGAUAAAGGUUGCAAACAAAUCGUAGAAUAUUUAGUAGACAAGGGAGCGGACGUGACGAAAACCACCAAAAAAGAGCCCAGGACCCCUCUGGAAAUCGCCGCCGAGCACGGUUUCCACGAAAUAUUCGCCAUCCUACUAAAAAAAUACGACCCUAAUUCAAUCAUCCCCAAUUCCGUUUUGAUCAGUUUGGUCCAAUACUUCGACUGCGAACCGCACCCGGAGGCCGGCAUCGAUCGAAGGAAGUGCUGCGAGCUCCUCUUAGCCAAGAAUCGCGAAAAAUCCAUCGAACUGGACAUAAACGGCUCGGACUCGUCCGAUAAAAACGCGCCGUUACAUUACGCGGUGCGCUACGGUAACGCCAAAAUCGUCGAAGAUAUCCUCGGUUUGGGCGCUUCGUUGGGCUCCAAAAACCGCUGGGGCAUCAUGCCCGUGCAAAACAUCGAGCCCGAGCUGCUGAAGAAGCACCUGGACGAUUGCGUACAGUUCGACGUCAACGAUAAAAAAGAUAAAGAAGAGUUCGCUAUAACGUUUAAUUACCGCACAUUAAUUCCUCCUGGACUGGAGAAAGCUGGCAAAUCGGAUCCCGAAGCGGGCACUAACGAGCACCUGGUUCACGAGACCGAAGUAAUCGCCUACAUGAGCAAAGCUCCGGAGUUUAAGCACCUGCUGGCGCAUCCUCUAAUCGUGACGUUCCUCUUCAUGAAAUGGCACAGGAUCAGAUGGUUGUUUUACACUAAUCUAGCUUUUUACGUAGCUUUCUUCGCUUCUCUGGUAACGUACAUAUUUUGCUAUUUCGCUAACUUCGAUGAACCGACUUCGUUUGAGAAAUUCAUGCGGUAUUUAUCGUGGUCGGUGUUGUUGGUCACAUUCGUCGCGUUGGUGCUCAGGGAGUCCUUCCAGAUACUCGUGUUGUCCAUGAAGUACGUCAAAAACUUCGAAAAUUUGAUCGAAAUCGCUUUGAUAGGUUUAUCCGGAGCGAUACUGUUCGCCGAUUCGCCCAGCAUCGACGUACGCAAGCAGAUCUCUUCUGUGGCUAUUUUACUGGCGGCGUUGGAGUUGAUUUUGAUGGUAGGCCAGCAUCCCAAGCUCUCCACCAACGUGGUCAUGCUGAAGACGGUCAGUUACAAUUUCUUCAAAUUCCUGCUGUGGUAUUCGCUGCUAAUCUUCGCGUUCGCUAUGAGUUUCUACAUAUUGUUCGCCGAUAAGAGCGAUAAGGACAACAAAUUCGACGAUCCGGUUUUCAAGACAGUGGUGAUGCUGACGGGGGAGUUCGAAGCCAGCGACAUCGAGUUUAAAUUUCCCGUCGUCGGUAAGCUCGUGUUCGCGUCGUUUAUCUUCACUAUAGCCAUUAUUCUGGUGAAUUUGCUCAACGGUUUGGCCGUGAGCGAUACGCAGAUGAUCAAGCAGGACGCCGAGCUCAUCGGGCACAUCUCCAGGGCGCAGCACAUCCGGUACGUGGAGGUGUUGCUGCUGGGCGACAUCGUUCCUAGCAACUUCCUGGAUAAAAUUGGCGGGGUUUUCGGUUGUUGUUUCCCGUCGAUGAGCUGGAGUUGGUCGGUGUUCAAGUCGCUGGCUAGGAAAGUUUGUCUGUUCCCGCAUUUGUUCGAUAAUUACGAGAUAACGGUGUUGCCCAAUAGGGCGGGUCAAAUAAGGUACCUUAAAAAUCAAAAGAGGCAGAAAUGUUGUUUGGGCGGGUGCCAGAACAUUUACUUAGAUAAGGAAACGGUGCAGAAAAUCAACGAAAUCGUUCGGAAUAGAAAGGAACAAAGCAUAUCUGAUAGGAACAUAUCCGAUAGAGAGCUGAGAGAGUUGUUGGAACUUGCGUUGGAGAGACUUUAUAACAUAAAACCGAGUCAAAUAAACUAAUUAUUGUUUUUCAGUAUUAAUUGUUUAAAAAUAAAUAAUAAAAAUAAUAAAAAUCGAAAUGCCUAUAUUAGUUUACUGUAUGAGUUUGAAUGAAAUUAUUUAAUUUUAAUAAAUAGAAAGUUAUUUAA